AUGGAAGACAAUCAAUUAGUUGAAGAUUAUCUUCGAACUCGACUGCAAAGUGAAAUAAAUAAUGUUCGUCUUUCGUUUAUAUCGUGUAUAAUGUCAACGAUUCGUUGGUUAAAACGAUAUUCACAUUGUUAUUCGAUCGCAUGUUCAUUCUUCUGUUUUCCUUUAUGGAUUCUUAUGUUACCAAUUGCUUUUGCUCUUGACAUAUGUAUUUAUUCUAUUACAUCUAUUAUUUUUAUUAUUGCUUUCAUCAUAAAUAUUCUAUUUGCUCCAUGUACACUAGCAUAUAAAUUUUCAUCAUGUUCAGAUGCUUGGAAUCCUAUGAAUAUUUAUCGAUACAGUCUAAGACAAGCAUUACUUUGGUUUGAAAGUUUUUUAAUGAUUUUUCAAACAUUUUGGUUAUGUUAUUGUGGUUCGGGUAAUAUUGAAGAUGGUGCACCGAUUUGUUGUACAUAUUGUUGUUGUAUGGAAUGUCAUAAUGCAUGCAAUCAAGCAACACACAUUAAGAUAAAUGAUCAACCAUGCAUUAUACUCUAG